CUGUGCGUUUGUGCUGUUUUGUGCGGAAAUCAAUAAAAUGAUCAUGGCAGAAGACGACUCCGCUGCUUUCUCGGAUGAAAUGGAGAGUGUUGGAGCGCCAGGUCCCAGUGCGACAGUGCCCAGUGCCCGGAGGAACCGCAAAAAAGUGACGGCAGAGUGGAGCGAGGAGUCCACUUUGACAUUGAUUGCAGCCGUUGAAUCGCAGGAUUUGCUCUGGAAUGCUGCGAGCAAAGAUUAUAAAAAUCGUAAUCUGCGAAAUACUGUGUGGGAGGAAAUGGCUGAGAACAUUUUCAACCGAGUUUACGAUGGUGCCCAACUGCAGGCGAAAUGGUCGAACCUUCGCAUACAAUUCAAGGCGUACCAUACCAAGGCCAAACAUACGAAGUCCGGCCAAGGAGCACGGGAAAAUGCUAUUUCGUGGAAAUAUUACGUAGCAGCUGCCGAAGAAGAACAAACCACGGAAUCUGUGUCAAACCUGGUACUGGAUACGGAACAAGAAGCUGGCUCAUCAUGUAAUACAACGCCUGUAGCCAAAAAGAGAAAGAAGACUGAAUCAAGCGAAAGCUUAAAAGUCCUGGCGAUUGAAGGAAUGCAGCGUGCAUUGAAUAAAAUGGAUGGUGACGUAGAUUCGUUCCAAACGUUUGGAAACUUUGUUGCAUCCGAGCUCCGUAAAAUUCCGGACUCAGCGGUGGCGAACAGAGUGCAGCGCACCCUGACCCGGAACCUUAUCGAUUUACUGGAUGAGGCGGAGUACAAUCAACUCUGUAAUCAACUGUACAAUAUUCAUUUGUUUUCUUUACAAUAA